AUGGAUUAUGCAGGAGCACAAACUUUUCCAAAUUCCACAUUUGGAUGGACUAAUGUCAAAGAUGUUGUUAAUGCACACAUUAGAAUUCGAGCUUAUGAGGUUCCAUCAACCAAUGGAAGAUACUGUCUAGUUGAAAGUGUUAUCACUAUUCAAGAAUUGUCAAGUUAUUGCAUGAUCUCUACCCUUCUCUUCAACUUCCUGACAAGUGUGGCCGAUGACAAACCGUUUACACCCGUGUAUCAGGUGUCAGUCGAGAAAGCAAAGAACUUAGGCAUUCAAUUCAUUCCCCUUGCAGAAAACCUGAAGGAAACUGUUGAGAGCUUGAAGGAAAAGAAUUUUAUCAACUUCUAA